AUGAUUUCUAAAUAUUAAAUAAAUUAGGUUUUACCGAAAAAACAAAAAUGUCUAUAAAUUAAUUUUUUUAAAAAAAACAAAAAAAUAGGAGAAGGGGCAUACAGUAUAGUUUAUAAAGUUAUAAGAUAAACUGACUAAUAAUAAUAUGCAUUAAAAAAGGUAAAUCUAUAAGCUUUAUCAUAAAAAGAAAUAGAAUAUGCUUUAAAUGAAGUACGAAUUCUAGCUUCUAUAAGAAGUAAUUAUAUAAUUGGUUAUAAAGAAGCAUUUAUAGAUAGACAUUAAAAUUGUUUAUGCAUAGUAAUGGAAUAUUCAAAUAAUGGCGAUUUAUUAUAAAAAAUAAUCGAAAAUUAAAAAAAAGGCUUAAAAUUUACAGAAGAUUAAAUAUGGAAUAUAUUUAUAUAAAUAGUAAAAGCAUUAAAAACACUUCAUGAAUUAAAAAUAUUCCAUAGAGAUUUAAAAUCUGCAAAUAUAUUCCUUAAUAAAGAUGAAACAAUAAAACUAGGAGAUAUGAAUGUUUCCAAAGUAGCCAAAAAAGGUCUCUUAUAUACCUAAACAGGAACCCCAUAUUAUGCUAGUCCAGAAAUAUGGAAAGACCAACCGUAUGACGAAAAGUCUGAUAUAUGGUCAUUAGGAUGUGUAUUAUAUGAAAUAGUGACAUUAAAUCCUCCUUUUAAAGCUUAAGAUAUGGAUGAUUUAUAUUAGAAAGUAAUAAAAGGGAGCUAUUAAAAAAUCAAGAAUAAUAAUUAUUCUCAAGAUUUAAUUAAUAUAAUCAACCUUCUACUAUAGGUAAAUCCUUAUAUAAGACCUAGGGCUGAUUAGAUUUUAAAUUUACCAUUUAUUUUUAAGCGAAUUUAGGAUAAAAAUUUAUUAGAAUCUGAUGUGGACACUGUUUUAUUAAAAACUAUAAAAAUUCCAAAAAACAUAAAUUAUUUAAAUGAUAAGUUGCCAAAGCCAAAUUAUUUUACAAACAAUAUAAUAAAAAAUUAAAAGGAAAAUUUCAUAAGGACUAAUUCUAUGGUAUAUUCUUUACCAAAAAUAAAAAGUUAAAGAUUCUAGUCAUUUGAUGGGAUGAAAAUAGCUAAAAAUUCUAGUUAAUAAGAUGUUUAAGAAAAUUAAAAAAAAAUACAUAAAGUUAGUCAUAGUCAAGGCAAAAAAUAUGUUAUUUAGAAUUCUCCAAUAAAUAAUAAAUAAAAGAAUAAAGAAAACAAUAGCUUUUAUGAGGAUAAAAGAUAGUAACAUAAUAAAAAAAAUAAAAAAUAUUAUUUUUAUUAAGGUUAAGAUUGCCAAAUGUAAUAAAAAAUAUUAAUAUACUUUCAACAAAAAUCAAUUAAUUGGAAAAAAAUUUAAAAAUGA